GAGACUGGCCGAUCCGAAUGUGUGGCUCCUGGUGCUUUGUCUAACUCUGCAAGAAACUGAUGGAGUUAUUAUUUGCGAAAUCUUAUAACAACCACCACACUCCAGAUAUUAUUUCAUUCAUUCACACAUAGAUAUUUAUAUGUAUGCAUCUCUGUUGUAGUUGUAAUGACAUAUCAUAAUUGACAUGUCAUUUGUGGAGAGAUUCGGCUAAUGUUAUGUUGAAGAUAUGGUUAUCAGCCUGCCAGCUGUCCGUGUCUAUGCAUAAGCAAUAGGACAAACAAGCACAUUUAAUUAUAAGCGACCUCCAGUUGUCAAGAAAGGAAGGAAAAAAUAACAAACAAACAAGGAAGGUGGUUUAUUGGUGGAGUUGGCGCUGUUUUUCCUUAUGUUUUCAAUUACUGAUAAACUUAAUGAAGAUCAGAAUGAAUGAUAAUCAGAAUGAUACUCCCUCUACUUUACCGAAAGUUCAAACGUUACCUUCUUUCAAUACAACAAGUCUCCCUAAUACCGACAGCAGUGCUAGUCACCAUCAUCUUUACCACCACCGGCCGCUUGUUUCACAGACAGCCAUCACCAACACUACUGGUCCAACAACAUCUUUGUCGUCCACGUGUAAAACCAUGGAUGUUAAUCGCCACAGUAAGAAACCAGAACGUCACUCUCCUAGGAACCAACAUAACAGUAUUUUUGCAGAAGUGGAAUUUGGGCCAAAAGGAACUUUGAUGGACAACUCUAGACUCAUAACAAUUCCGGAACAAACAGGACAGAAACUAAAAUGGUCAGAACCUCCAGAAACAGUUCUGGUGCUUAAAAAGUCAUUUGGUGACAAUAUGUUUGAACCAUUUAUUGAGGUUCUCUUCUGGCUUACUUAUGAGAAAAAAUUGACUGUGUUUGUAGAGUCAAAGGUUUUAAAUCCUAUAUUUUUCAAGGACGAACGAUAUGACGGCAUAAAAAAUCAUCUACAAACUUUCAAUCAAGAUAAUGAAGACCUAACAGACCGCAUAGAUCUUGUGAUAUGUUUAGGAGGAGAUGGAACCUUGAUGUAUGCAGCAUCUCUUUUCCAGCAAAGUGUACCCCCAGUAAUGUCUUUCCAUCUUGGCUCUCUUGGAUUUCUUGCACCAUUCCAGUUUCGGGAAUUUAAAGAAGACAUCACACAAGUUUUAGAAGGUAACGCUACUUUACUACUUCGAAGUCGACUGGAAUGUAUUGUCUGUAAAGCUGGUACGGAACUGUCAAAAAAGAGUGACUGGAAGAAUAUUCUGGUACUGAAUGAAGUUGUUCUUGACCGAGGAUUAUCUCCCUAUUUGUGUAAUCUGGAUUUGUAUGUAGAGCGACAUUUAGUGACGUCUGUACAAGGUGAUGGUAUUAUUAUAUCUACUCCUACCGGAAGUACAGCCUAUGCUGUUGCUGCAGGUGCCUCUAUGAUGCAUCCUAGUGUUCCUUCCAUCAUGAUAACCCCCAUCUGCCCUCAUUCAUUGUCUUUCCGACCUAUUGUGGUACCAGCUGGAGUUGAGAUAAAGUUGAUGGUAUCCAAAGAAGCACGCAAUACAGCAUGGGUUUCCUUUGAUGGUCGUAGCAGACAGGAGCUGAAGGUUGGUGAUUGUGUGAAAAUCAAGACAGCAACUCAUCCCGUUCCUUCAAUAUGUUGUAAAGAUCCCAUUGAUGACUGGUUCAACAGUCUAGCUGAAUGUUUACAUUGGAAUGUACGGAAAUUACAAGGAGGACCUUCAUCGACCACGAGUAUGGCUAGUCUGAAUUCUGAUGAAAUAGAUUUUAAUCAUAGCAGCUAACCCCAGUCUCUUCCUUUUGGACCUCUUCAACAUCUAGCUUACACAAUCUAUUCGGCUAUUAUUGGCUGGAUUGUUCAUCACACUUUUGCUGAGAGUGAGAGAGAGAGAAAGAGUUGUCUUGAUCAUUAUCAUCAUUUUACUGGAAACAAAUGAGUGAUUGUCUAAUGAAGUAUAUGGAAGUCAACAUUUUAUAAAAAGCUGGUUGUUAUUCUUAAAAUUGGACUAUUAAUGCUGGUUGUUUCCUUUUAAAUUAUUGCAGUACAGUCAUAUACUGAUUUUUGAAAUUAUCAGCACAGACUGUACAUAAAGUUUCUUCCAAUCAAUAUAGGUCUCAGCAGUGAUACUCUGCUUUCCAUUGUUUUACUAUUAUAAUUAAGGUGGUGGAGUGGUAGAAGCGUUAGAGCAUUGGACAAAUGUCUUAUGGUAUUUAGUUACAACCCUUUACAUUCUGUGUUCAAAUCCCACCUAAGUCAACUUUACCUUUCAUCUUUCUGAGGUCAAUUAAAUAUAAUACCAGUGCAAUACUUGGAUCAAUAUAAUUGACUAGCUUCUCCUUUAAGUUUGAGGCCUUGUGCAAAAUGAUUAUUUAUUAGACACUUGGGCCAAGACCUACAAGAUUUCAUUGAAAACCAUCUUAGACCAAUAUAACAGUAGAUGGUUAUGCUUGUUACAUAUUUUGUUAAUACACCCUUUAUUUAUACAUUUUGGUGACUGCUCCGGACUUGUGUACUUAUUUCCUGACAUUAUGUACUGUUUAGUAUAAUUAAUUAUUCAAGUUCUGUAAUUUGUUGACAUUAAUAUAGUUACAAAGAAUUUGUUUUAUUAAUGGAUUUUCUUUUCCAUCUAACACCUUCAUAAAACAUGAAGCUGAACAGAACAUUUCUAUAUUAUAUAAUAGUUUAGGCAGGAUAUUUCUAUACAUAAAAAUUUAGACUGGGACACUUCUAUAUGUAUAAUGUAACUGUUGAGACUGGACAUUACUAUCUGUAUAAAAUAAGUAUUUAGACUGGAUAUCUUUAUCUGUAUAAUGUAACAAUUCAGACUCUUCACCACUUCAGUUGGAUUUUCUUACCUUUGUUGACUGUUAACUAAAUGUCACCAUUUUGUGUUCUCCUCCUAACUGUGAUAAGCAUACAAGAAAUCAAAACAAGACAUUGUAAUAUUGUAAAUAAUUAUAAAACUUCAGUGACGUGAGGUAAACUUUUCUUGUUGUUUUGAGGCUUAAGCAGACAAAGCUAGACUGUACCUUCUCUAUUCCUUUGAGGCUUUUUCAUUGCUCAAUACUUAUCGUUUACUUAUAUAGUGAAGAAAUAAUAUAUGUAUGUGUAUAUAUUAUGAAUAUAUAAUAUAUACAUUUGUGCAUGUGAAAAAUUUUUAUGCCCUGUUACUUUAAGAGAAUAGCUUUUACAUAAGCCAAAAGAAAGAAAGCUAUGAAGCAUUUCACAGCUUUUCUAAAUCAACAACAAAGAUUCAGACAGACCAGUGUCUUCAAUUAAAGUGCUGUAUUUCUUAUGCUGUAACUGUUCAAAUUGGCAAUGGUUGUUAACUCUUUGAAAUGCUAAUUUUAAUUUAUUCUCUUUUUGUUGAUGUUGAAAUUUUUAGAAAAUUUCAACUCUACACUUCAUAUUAUUAUAUAAAAAAAGAUUAUUAAUUUAAUAUUCCAAAUUU